AUGAGUCGUCCCCCGCGCCGCGCCUCGCCCCCGAACCUCUGCUCACCCCUCUACGAGCGCGCCUUGAAGAUAUCCUCUCUCCUCCUCCUCGUCUCACUACUGCCUGUCAACCCCCAAAUGACUGUCAACUUCACUACACUCAGUCCUAUGAACGAGGACGAAACACUAAACGUUUCUGAAAAUUUUACAAAUAAAGAACACUACAAUCAAGAUGAUGACAAAUUAGAUCAAAAUAAUGAAACUAUUGAACUAAGUCUUGACAAUCAAAACCAGAAAUCUUUUAACAUUUCUAAUAGUAGUGAAACUGUUAAAGCUAAAAGCACCAACGACGAUACAUUUGUUAAGGCUUCCACGUCUGAUUAUGCUAAAAACGAAAUAAAUCUGGAUAUUAUUUUAGAACAAAAUCAAAUAGAUGAUAACAAUACUAAAGAUUCUGUAAAUAGCACUAUAGAAAUUACAGCUAAUAAUGUAAAUAGUAAAGAAUACCAAUCGCUACUAGACAGAUUCAGAAGAAAAAACACAACAACUCUAACCAACGAUACAGAAAGCAAUAUCAACAAAGAUUUUAUAGAAAAUAACAGCACUACAUUCGAUAAGUCAUUAGAAUACUACGUAGUGUAUAAUUAUUCUACAGACUCUGUAGAAGAAGAUGUAAACGUAGUUACAAAAGCCAAAAUAGAAAUGCCGGAAAUUGAAGAGAAAUUCUUGAAAGAAAAUAGCUCUAUGGAAAAACUUAUAGAUGAUGCGACAAGGGAUAAAAUUCUGCAUGAUUACUUUAAGACGGUGAAUAAAAAUCAAAAGACAGAUGAAACGGAUUUUGUAAUUGAAGAUGACAUCACAAGGACCACGUCAAGCCGCAUCGUCUCCAUCCUGGGGCUGUUCGAGUUGUCAGUCGGGGAGUCGCCAAGGGCUGACGGUGUGUCAGAACUGGCUGCAGCAAAACUGGCUGUGGAGCAUGUCAACCAGCGAGGCCUGCUCCCGGGGUAUAAGCUACACCUGUUCACUAAUGACACUAAGUGCGACCCAGGUGUAGGCGUGGACCGCUUCUUCCACGCCCUGUACACAGAGCGAGAGUCCCGCAUGGUAAUGCUGCUGGGUACAGCAUGCUCCGAAGUGACUGAGAGCAUCGCCAAGAUCGUGCCUUACUGGAACAUUGUACAGGUUUCAUUUGGCUCGACGUCUCCAGCUCUGAGCGACCGCAGCGAGUUCCCCCUAUUCUGCCGCACCGUCGCGCCUGACUCCUCACAUAACCCUGCCAGGAUUGCUUUCAUCAGACAAUUCGGCUGGGAUACAGUGACAGCGUUCUCCCAGAAUGAAGAGGUGUACUCGCUGGCCGUGAACGAGCUGGUCACCCAGCUGGAGGCUGCGAACAUCACAUGUACUGCCUCCAUCACCUUCGCUGAGUCUGACUUCAAGGAACAACUGCUGCAGCUUAAGGAACUGGACACCCGCAUCAUCAUAGGAAGCUUCUCUCAGGAGAUGAUACCGAAAAUCUUCUGCGAGGCCUUCAAGCUGGGCAUGUUCGGCGCAGAGUACGCGUGGUUGGUGGCGGGCGCGCCGCCGCGCAUCCGCGGGACCGCGCCCUGCGCCCGCGCACACCUCGCGCGCGCCCUCGAGGGACUCGUCACCGUCACUGCUCACAGGGGAAUUGUUGGUGACAUCACUUCUUAUUCUGGACUGACCAAUGAAAUGUUCAACCGUGACAUGGAAGGGGUGGGGGUGCCUGUAUCCCUUUACGCCCCUCACACGUACGAUGCAGUCUGGGCCAUAGCCCUCGCUCUGUCUAAAGCUGAACAGCUGUGGCGAGCUAUGGAGAUGGAAAACGCCACCAUAAAUAUCACCAGCUCAAAAUUGGGGCUUGGGCACUUUGACUAUGACAGGAAGGAUAUGGCUGAGGAGUUCCUGAAUCAAAUGUCGAAUUUGAGCUUCUUGGGGGUUUCUGGCCCAGUAUCGUUCAAUGGAGCGGACAGAAUUGGGACUUCGGCGUUUUAUCAAAUACAAGGUGGCCGUCCAAAAACAGUGGCGCUUUACACGCACGGGCGCGAAGUGUCCUGCGAAGAAUGCUCCCGACCACAGUGGGCUGGUGGGAUCCCAGCGGCCCGGCGGGUGCUGGUGCUGCGUGUGGACUCGGUGUGGGCGCCGGCGCGGCUGGCAGUCGCUGCACUAGCCGCGGCCGGCGUCGCCCUCGCCGUAGCCUUCUUGAUGUUCAACCUGCAUUACAGCAAGCGAAGGUCAAUAAAGCUGUCGUCUCCCCGUCUCAACAACAUGACCCUCAUCGGCUGCGUGCUCGUCUACACGGCAGUCGCUCUGUUGGGGGUGGACAACGCCACGCUGCCGUCCUACGUGCCUUUCUCAGCUAUGUGCACUGGUAGAGUGUACAUCCUGUCAGCUGGAUUCUCUCUAGCGUUUGGAUCCAUGUUUGCGAAGACAUAUCGUGUUCAUCGAAUAUUUAUAAGCAACCGCAGCGGAGUCUGCAAAACCAAGCUGCUGCAAGACACGCCGCUCAUCGCGCUGGUGUGCGCCCUGCUGGUCAUCGACGGCAUGAUCGUGACCCUCUGGGCCAUGCUGGACCCCAUGGAGCGGCACCUCAAGAACCUCACCAUUGAAAUCAGCGCUACUGACCGUAGCGUCGUCUACCAGCCACAGAUAGAAGUGUGCAAAUCCCAGAACACGACAGGCUGGUUAUGCGCCCUCUACGCUUACAAAGGCCUGCUUCUCAUCGUUGGCGUCUACAUGGCUUGGGAGACCAGAAACGUCAAGAUCUCAGCCCUGAACGACUCCAAAUACAUCGGCAUCAGCGUCUAUUCCGUCGUCAUAACCAGCACGAGUGUUGUGGUUAUUGGAACCAUUAUAUCUGAAAGAGCUACCCUCGCAUAUAUCACCAUUACCAGUCUAAUAUUGAUUACCACAACAUCGACGCUAUGCCUACUGUUCCUGCCUAAAAUUAUUGCUAUUAGGAGUAAAACUGAAGAUGACCCCGUAAUACAAAGCAUGGGCCUAAAACUAGAAUGCAAGACAAGAAGAUUCGUGACAGACGACACUCAAGAACUGCACUUUAGGAUAGAGAUACAGAACAAGGUUUAUAAAAGGGAGGUGGCCGCUUUGGACAAGGAGAUUGGAAGACUGGAGAAGCUGUUGGCUGAACCGUUGUCUACUAGCAGCUCCAAUGCUUCUAUUGCACUUCAUAGACGAACCGAACUGAACACAGUGGAAGAAGAAGGCAGCAAGAGAGAUCCUGAUAGAAGAACACCGAGCAUCACUGGUGGACUUCCAAUGUUGCUCCUCUCAGUCUUACCUCCCGUCAUACCACGCGCCAGCUGGCCAUCCACUGAUGCCUUCCGAGGAAGAAACUCCAUCAGCUUCAGCUCACAACCCAAACUGAACUACAGGAAAUCCCAACCAUCGAUAGAUCUAUACAAUCUGUGUCUAAACAAAAGAGAAGACCAUCCUGGUCUACUCAAAAGAAUAAAGAGCUUCUUCGGCACCAGCAGACCAACCAGUAGAAAAGCCUCGACUAUGUCCAUAGCAGACCCAACCGGUCAGAGUAUUGCUGCUGCGUUGAAAAUGCACGUAGGUAUGAUAGCUGGCUUAGUACCAGGAAAUCGGAAGCAUUCCAUGGUCCUAUCAUGCAAUACACUUCACGUGCCUAACCCUGAACUGAAGCUACGAAGGGAAUCCUUCGCAAGAAGUGGUCCGAUUAUCCGAAUAACAGAUGACAGGGAUGAUGAACCUUCAUGUUCAAAUUACCAGAUGGAUCGAAGAACAUCUUCAGUAGCCCAGAAGUAUGUAGCAGAACCGGAGACGAAAGUGAACUUCGUGUUACCGGCGACGCAUAAAACGUCGGUAUCACAUCAGAACUCUUGUGAGAAGAUCAAGGGUUCUCCAAGGUUUCCUCACAGGAUAUCCCCAACGGGGGCAAGUUUGACCACCUUGGAUAGAAGGAAGACAAGUGCCGAUAGUGUUUUCAGUAUAACUGGUAGAGUCUUCGAAGAACAAAGAAGGUUUAGCCACCAGAAUGUAUCGGAUAGGGAACCCAAAGGGAAAGCAUCUUUGGAAAGCAGAUGGAAGUCCACAGAAGACGCGAGACCUGGACCAUCAUCAAGGCACUAAUUUAAAGCAAUAUGUUUGUGUAAAUAUAAAUAUAUACUUACUCAUCUAACAAAUAGCCGAUCUUAUGAGCAUAUUAUACAUAUUUAGGUACUAAACAUAUUUUGACUGUACCUGCUGCAGAUUUUUCGUGGAUUUUUGAUAUUGUAAGAAAAACAGU